AUGGAUGUUUUAUUUUCCUUAAACUCAAGCUCCAGCCUUAUCAACAUUUCAAAACCAUUCAAACAUCAUCAUAACCUUCAUCUCUUAAAUAAUCAUCAAAGACAGCCUCGUACAGUACACUUUUCUGUCUCAUGCAGAGCCACAAAAAGUGUUCCAAUUAAUCAUAAACUAGAGGAUGAUGAUGGAAACUUGUACAAAAUACUAUGUUUGAGUACUAAAACCGCAACAACAGAUGAGAUCAAGAGUGCUUAUAGAAGAAUGGCUCUGAAGUACCAUCCUGAUUUAUGUCAUGAUUGUUUGAAGAAAGAGGAAUCAACGAGGAUGUUUGUAAAAGUGAAUGAAGCUUAUAAGAUAUUGUCGAAUCCAAAGCUUAAAGAAGAGUAUGAUUGUAAGUUAUUGGGUUUGGGUGAUUUGAGAAGAAGUAAAUGGAUGGAACAAGUUGUUGAGUUGAAUAGAAGGUCUCAUCAACGUAAGGCUGGUCAAUCAUGGGGUUCUAGAAUGAGAGCCAAGAACAAUAUCAACAAAGAUGAUCAUAAUACCUAG